AUGCGCCAUUUCGACGCCUGGAUCCUCCGGGACCCCUACUCCAUCUUCCACUACUACUCAACAGGCCAUCGAUGGAAAGAGACCGUCCGCGACCUCAUCCAAGCCCGCAAGAUAUGCGCGCCACUCUCGCUAUCCCUCGACAGCAACGCCUUGUCUACAUCCUCACCUCCCAUCGAUCCCCACGCCCGUUCGAUGAUCCCACAAUCAACAUGCGCCCUCCUCACAAAACUACCUCUCGAAAUCCGCCUCAUGAUUUAUGAAUACGCCUUUGGCGACCAAGUCGUUCACCUCGUCCAGGUCAAAGACAAAAUUCGGCACGUCCGCUGCACCAACACCACUUCGUCCCUCGAUAAAAACCGGCGCUGUUGCCCCGUCACCCCCGCGCGCUGGCGAGCCAACGACCUAGCUACUUCUGCAGCUUCCUCGCCUACAGACAACGCCAGUAGCACCAGUGCCACUAGCAACAGCAUGCUCUACCCACACACCCACCCUUCCCUCCCCUCGCAGCUAAGCAACUCGUCGGUCGCCCUCCUCCGCACCUGCCGCGCCAUUUACGCCGAAGCAUCCUCGAUCCUCUACAAGAACUCCGCCUUCGACGUCGACGACCUAACGACCUUCAUCGCCUUCAGCCUGUCCAUCUCCGCAGACCACCUCCAUGCAAUCAAGAAACUCACCGUUCAAUGGAUGCCCGUUUGGCAGCCCAUGGCGGGGGAGGAACAUAAGAGCUCCAUCUACUCGCAUACGCAUAAUGAUUGGCUCUGGGUACUGUUUUGGAACAGGGUUGCUGCGUUGAAUGGGCUGGAGGACUUGGCGCUCAUUGUUGAUUUGGGAUCGUUUGCAGGUACUCCUGCCGGUGCUCCUGCCGCCGCGGGUAACGGAGCAGGAGCAGGAGCAGGAGGUGUAAUAGGUGGAAACAGACUCCGUCUCUCGAUCGCUGAGCCCUGGGUUGCGCCGUUGCUCUGCGUUCGGGGCCUGCGGUCCUUCGAGCUGGGGAUCACGGCAAAGUGCGAUGCGGUUGCCAAGGAGGUUCUCGAGGGUGACUUGGUAAGGGAUGCGGUGAUGCUAAGGGAUCAUUUGCGCAUGGUCAUGUGUUCGAAGAGAGGAGAAGCGCUGCCUUCUUUACCGGGGGUGCAGGACUUAUCGGUGCAGUUGGAGUUGUUAAGACGGUGUGCGGUUGAGACGGAGGAUAUGGAGCGCGGGGUUCAACGGGGAAUGAGGCCGAGGUUGGCCAUUACUGCCGCUUGA